AGGACCAGCAGGGAUCCAUCCUGCGGUGCCAGAAAUGAUCCCGUGAAGGAAGAGGCCCCUGGAGACACACACCCCCCCAGUCCCUGGAGCCCUUUGGAGUUGCUCUGCCGGAGAGAGGAAGGAUGGAGACAGCCCCUUUGGCCAAGGAGGGGAGCAGAAAAGGCCCCGCAGCUCUUCAGCCUGUGAGCUGUGGGGAGAGCCGGACAAGAACCUGGCAGAAGGUCCUGCAGGAGGGAACCAUCCUCCCUUCAGAAGUUCCACACUGGACCUCCUUCCAAUAUCGGGAGGCUGAGGGUCCCCGAGGACUUUGCAACCGACUCCAUGACUUGUGCAGGCGAUGGCUGAGCCCAGGAAAGCGCAGCAAAGUCCAGAUGCUGGACCUGGUGGUUCUGGAGCAGUUCCUGACUCUCCUCUCCCCAGAGAUGGAGUGCUGGGUGCGGGAGUGUGGAGCAGAGAGCAGCUCCCAGGCGGUGGCCCUGGCGGAAGGCUUCCUCCUGAGCCAGGCGGAGGAGCAGAAGGAGCAGCUCCAGAGGCAGGUGGGAGACUUUAGGGAGCUCAGAAGGGAAUAAAUAGAGUGCUUGAAUGCUUCACCCCUCCUUCCAAAAUUUCUCCCACGUUC